AUGGAUUCCUACCCCCAAGGCCUGGCCGAAGACUCUCAACUCGAUGAUCAUAGUGCUGCUAUUGGAAGAGCUCGACCACGUCGACACGAUGACGAAGAUGAAGGAUCGGAUAUCCUAGAAGAUGACGACUUGGAGAGCACUAUCGGAGGUCCCGCCAACGGUAACCAGAAAAGCCAGGGAUAUGCGGAGGAAGAGAAGGAGCUCCCAGCUCAUGCAUGCGCGUACUGUGGCAUUCAUAACCCUAGCAGUGUUGUGAAAUGUCUUUCCUGCAACAAAUGGUUCUGCAGCGCUCGCGGCAACACUUCCUCUUCUCACAUCGUCAAUCACCUUGUUCGCGCUCGCCACAAGGAAGUUCAACUUCACGCAGACUCUUCACUUGGUGAUACUAUCCUCGAAUGUUACAACUGCGGUACCAAGAAUGUUUUCUUGCUCGGCUUCAUCCCCGCGAAAUCAGACACGGUCGUCGUUCUUCUCUGCCGUCAGCCAUGCGCAGCCAUGCCUUCUUCUAAGGAUAUGAACUGGGAUACGUCGCGCUGGCAGCCGCUCAUUGAGGAUCGCUCUUUCUUGCCCUGGCUUGUGGGUGCGCCCACUGAUCAAGAACAACUCCGUGCUCGCCACCUCAGCCCUCAACUGAUUGCAAAACUGGAGGAGAUGUGGAAAGAGAAUUCUUCAGCAACUCUGGAUGAUUUGGAGAAGGCUACAGCAGUUGAUGAUGAGCCCGCCCCGGUUCUCUUGCGUUAUGAUGAUGCUUACCAGUAUCAAAAUAUCUUCGGCCCUCUCGUCAAGAUCGAGGCGGAUUACGACCGCAAGCUCAAGGAAUCCCAGUCUCAGGAUGGCCUUAUUGUUCGUUGGGAUCUUGGUCUUAACAACAAGCAUCUCGCUAGUUUUGUUCUUCCAAAACUUGAACUAGGAGAUGUAAAGUUGGCAGUUGGUGAUGAGAUGCGCUUGAAGUACACGGGAGAAUUGCGCUCCAAGUGGGAAGGCGUUGGCUACGUUAUCAAAAUUCCAAACAACCAGUCCGACGAAGUCACUAUCGAAUUGCGCUCCAAAGGCGAUCACAAGUCUGUACCCACGGAGUGCACCCACAACUUCACCGCGGAUUAUGUCUGGAAAUCAACUUCAUUUGACCGCAUGCAGCUCGCUAUGAAGACAUUUGCCGUCGAUGAAAUGAGUGUUUCGGGUUAUAUCUUUCACCGUCUCCUCGGUCACGAGGUUGCGGCUGCCCCAAUGAAGACUCAAAUUCCCAAGAAAUUUAGCGUUCCUGGUCUCCCAGAUCUGAACGGCAGUCAAAUCAAUGCCGUCAAGAGUGUGCUUCAGCGACCAUUGAGUUUGAUUCAGGGUCCACCCGGAACUGGUAAGACUGUCACUUCCGCCACGAUUAUCUACCAUCUAGCCAAGAUCAAUGGUGGUACUGUGUUGGUGUGUGCUCCAUCCAACGUCGCUGUGGACCAGCUUUGUGAGCGUAUCCACCGCACCGGGUUGAAGACCGUGCGUGUGACUGCCAAGUCUCGAGAGGACGUGGAAUCCCCUGUCGGAUUCCUCUCUUUGCAUGAGCAAGUUCGCUUGAACGACAGCAACAUUGAAUUGGUGAAACUCAACCAGCUGAAGUCAGAAUUGGGCGAGCUUUCCAGCCAGGACGAAAAACGUUUGAAGCAGCUGACUCGCUCAGCAGAGCGGGAGAUUUUGAACAACGCGGAUGUCAUCUGCUGUACUUGCGUUGGUGCAGGUGAUCCUCGUCUUGCCAAGUUCAAAUUCCGAACCGUUUUGAUCGAUGAGUCGACUCAAUCCGCUGAGCCAGAAUGCAUGAUUCCGCUAGUCCUGGGCUGUAAGCAAGUCGUUCUGGUUGGUGAUCACCAACAGCUUGGUCCUGUGAUCAUGAACAAGAAGGCAGCCAAGGCUGGACUGAACCAAUCUCUCUUUGAGCGUCUGGUCAUCCUUGGUUGCUCGCCUAUCCGACUGAAUGUCCAGUAUCGUAUGCACCCGGGGCUUUCCGAAUUCCCGUCGAACAUGUUCUACGAGGGUUCUUUGCAGAAUGGUAUUACCGUCCAUGAUCGCCUUCGUCGUGAUGUUGACUUCCCCUGGCCCAUGAUGGACAACCCUAUGAUGUUCUGGUCAAACCUGGGCAAUGAGGAAAUUUCGGCAUCGGGAACCUCUUAUCUUAACCGGACUGAGGCAACAAACGUCGAGAAGAUUGUCACCCGCUUUUUCAAGGCAGGUGUGCAACCCAAGAGUAUCGGUAUCAUUACUCCAUACGAAGGUCAACGAAGCUACAUCGUAAGCUCGAUGCAGGCGAAUGGGACAUUCAAGAAAGAGAACUACAAGGAAAUCGAAGCUGCAUCAGUUGAUGCAUUCCAGGGCCGGGAGAAAGACUACAUUAUUCUUUCUUGCGUGCGCUCCAAUGACCACCAGGGCAUUGGUUUCUUGAGCGACCCCCGUCGUCUCAAUGUCGCGCUGACUCGUGCCCGAUACGGUUUGGUCAUCCUGGGUAACCCGAAGGUGCUCUCCAAGCAUCCUUUAUGGAACAACCUCCUGCAACAUUUCAAGGAGCAGCACUGCCUGCGUUUCCAGAUGCCGUUCAGCCAAGCCUCCAACACCAACAAUGCUCCUGUGAAUGGCCGCAAUGGUCACCGCAACGAGUAUCAUGAUUCUGGCUCUGUCGUCGGAUAUAUCCCUGACGAUGUUUCUUCUGUUCACGGUUCUACCCUAGGUGGAGUUGGCCUGCCUCCUUCUGGAUAUCCUCCGAUGUUCCAGAACUUCGCCGACCAGUGGCCAUCGCUAUCGGGUCGUCGGGCCAAUGGCGGCCGGGCCAAGGGUGCUCCAAGUGUUGCUGGGGAGUCGGUGGCUGCUACAGAAUCCGAUGUUACUGGAAGCAUCGUCGAUGGAAGGAGUGCUGACCAAGGCGGAGUGAGCCUAGCAGGUUUGAGCAUCAAUGAUAUGAGCAAGCAACCUAGCCUCAGCCAGUCCGAUCGUCUGAAGCGCUACGUGGAAUCCGGUGGACGCGAGCCCUAUCGUGUCGGUGUUCCGGACAACGGUAGUAUCUUCGGAGGCAGCUCCGCCAGCAUUCGCGUCACUCGCCCGGGUGUUAAUGUUCAUGACGAUGACGACGCCCGCAGUGUUUCUACCGCCUUUGCUAGCCAGGUUGGUGGCAACUAUGACUGA